AUGGCUGAUUAUAGUACCUACUAUGCCGCGGGCAACCCUGGUGCUCCUGGAGAAGACCCGAAUCGACAGUACCAGCAGCAACCACCGCCACCAGGAGCCUCGACGUCCUUCAGUCCGGCCGGAGGUUUUCAACAACCCGGAGCGUCUUAUGGAGCACCACAACCCUCUCAAUUCGGCGGACAACCUGGAGUGGGAUAUGGCCAAGUCGUGGCACCGGGAAUUUCAGAAGGGAAUGCGAUGGCUGGCUUAGCAACUCAGAUGGGGGGCUUGGGAAUAUCAUCGGAUGCGGGGGCUCGCGGUCAUAAGAAGAAGCAUAGACAUGCUCAUCACGAUAUCGGAGCUCCAGCCGUCGGCGCUGCCCCUGCACCUCAAGAGAUCAAUGCCUUUCCUCCGCAAAGCGAACCAGCAGCAUCUCAAUUUCUGAAUACUGGUUUGAACCAAGCAAUUCCACAACCCGCAGCUCCGGUUCCAGGUCUGGGCGGAGGUCCAGUUCCAGGAGCAGGCCCCAUGGGCCAGCCAGUCAAUCCUGCGAUAGGAGGUGGCUACCAGUCGACAGGAGCAGGAUCGGUUCCUACGCAAGGAAAGAUAGACCCGGAGCAGAUCCCAAGUGUUCCGAGAUCGCGAGACCUUCCCUCGCAGUACUACUUCACGCAUGCAUACCCGACGAUGGAACAACAUGUACCACCACCCGCCUCUAUUCCGUUUGUCGCCCACGACCAAGGAAACUCGUCUCCCAAGUUUGCCCGUCUCACACUGAACAAUAUCCCGGCAGCAUCAGAGUUUCUGAACUCGACUGGUCUGCCCAUGGGGCUGAUCUUGCAGCCGCUAGCGCGACUGGAUGCUGGAGAACAACCAGUACCACUCAUUGACUUUGGUAACGUCGGACCGCCAAGAUGUCGCCGAUGCAGAACAUAUAUCAACCCCUUCAUGACCUUCAAGCUCGGGGGUAAUAAAUAUGUAUGCAACAUGUGCACCUUUCCAAACGAUGUACCAGCCGAAUACUUUGCGCCCGUUGAUCCGUCUGGAGUGCGUGUCGACCGUACACAACGACCCGAGUUGAUGAUGGGAACGGUUGAAUUCACCGUGCCAAAGGAGUACUGGGUCAAAGAACCAGUCGGAUUGCAACAGCUGUUCCUCAUAGAUGUCAGCCAAGAGUCUGUAAACCGGGGAUUGCUCCGAGGAGUUUGUGAGGGCAUCCUCAAUGCACUAUAUGGCAGCGACGAGGAUGCGACAAAUGCCGACGAGAGCGAGUCUAGAAAACUCCCAGAGGGUUCGAAGAUUGGCAUCGUCACUUUUGAUAGGGAAAUUCACUUUUACAAUCUUAGUCAUCUUCUCGACAAGGCCCAGAUGAUGGUAAUGACAGAUCUGGAAGAGCCGUUUGUCCCUCUAUCCGAGGGUCUCUUCGUCGACCCCUAUGAGUCAAAAACCGUCAUCACUUCACUACUUCAACAAUUACCAAAGCUGUUCUCUCAUAUAAAAACACCCGAGCCAGCUUUACUGCCUACAAUUAAGGCUGCAUUGUCGGCGUUACAAGCGACUGGAGGAAAGAUCAUCUGCUCACUUGGUACGCUACCAACCUGGGGGCCUGGAAAUUUGACUAUGCGAGACAAGAACCAGGCUCCAGAUGGUGAAACCAGGUUAUUUGCAAUUGAAAAUACGGAAUGGAAGGCCGUGGCGACCAAGCUGGCCGAAAGCGGCGUUGGCAUCGACUUUUUCGCCGCAUCACCUGGCGGUAGUUUUAUGGACUUGACAACAAUUGGGUAUACAUCGGCAGUUUCGGGUGGAGAAACAUUCUUCUACCCGAAUUUCCACGCUCCUCGGGACUUGCUGAAGCUUUCUCAGGAGAUAUCUCAUGCCGUCACGAGGGAGACUGGAUAUCAAGCUUUGAUGAAAGUGCGCUGCUCAAACGGCCUUCAAGUAUCGUCAUAUCAUGGCAAUUUCUUACAACACACGUUUGGGGCAGAUCUUGAAAUUGGCACCAUAGAUGCCGACAAGGCUCUGGGAGUUAUUUUCAGCCAUGAUGGAAAGCUCGACCCGAAACUUGAUGCUCACUUCCAGGCGGCCUUAUUAUACACCUCAGCAAGCGGUGAGCGGCGCGUGAGAUGUAUUAAUAUAGUGGCGGCAGUGAACGAGGGCGGUCUCGAGACGAUGAAAUGCAUCGACCAAGAUGCCGUUGUUUCGAUAAUCGCCAAAGAGGCGGCGUCAAAAGCGGGAGACAAGCCCUUGAAGGAUAUCCGCGCCAGCAUCACAGAAAAAACGGUGGACAUCUUUUCCGGAUACCGCAAAAACUUCUCCGGCUCGCAUCCUCCAGGUCAACUGGUGCUGCCCGAGAAUCUCAAAGAAUUCUCCAUGUACAUGCUUGGCCUAAUCAAGUCGAGGGCCUUCAAAGGAGGCAGCGAGACUGCAGACCGACGUGUACAUGACCUUCGCCUGCUCCGGUCGAUUGGGUGCCAGGAGACGUCAUUGUACCUGUACCCACGAAUCCUUCCGCUACAUAACAUGCGACCUGAAGAUGGGUUUGCCAACGAACAGGGACAGCUGCAGGUUCCCCCCUCGCUACGAGCCUCGUUUUCGCGGAUUGAAGAUGGCGGGGUGUACCUGAUUGACAACGGACAAGUAGUGUUGCUCUGGUUGCACAGCCAAGUGUCCCCGAACCUGCUGGAAGACCUGUUCGGACCGGGCUUCUCGUCACUGCAAUCACUAGACGCUAAUACGUCAUCGCUACCGGUGCUAGAGACACAUCUCAACGCACAGGUGCGCAAUUUGCUGCAGUACCUGUCGACAGUGCGCGGAUCCAAGGCUGUCACGGUACAGCUGGCGCGCCAGGGCCUCGACGGAGCCGAAUUUGAGUUUGCGCGGUCAUUGGUGGAGGACCGCAACAACGAAGCGCAAAGCUACGUGGACUGGCUGGUGCAUAUUCACCGCCAGAUCAAUCUCGAACUGGCCGGGCAUCGCAAAAAGGAAGAGGGAGCCACCUCCGGCGAGAGCGGACUGUCUAGUCUGGCCGGCAUCCGGGCGCCGUAUUGGUAG